AUGGCGCCCAUUUCUUUUAAAAUUGAAAAUGCAUCUCUUACUAAGUAUCAGCAAGUAUCUUCGGUAAAAUAUAUUUGUGGAUAUGAUAAUGAAGGCACAGCUAUUGAGCAAAAUAAGCGUAAAGAGCUUCAUUUAUUAGGUUUAUUGCCAGCAGGUGUUGAAACAAUGGAUAUCCAAAGACGUCGUGCCUUACAGCAAGUAAGAUCAAAAUCAACCCAGCUUGAAAGAUAUGUCUUUUUAGCCCAAUUGCGAACUUCUAAUAUACGAUUGUUUUAUAAAAUAAUCAUGGAUGACCUCCAAGAGUUUGCACCUAUCAUUUAUACCCCUACAGUAGGUACAGCUUGUAUUGAGUAUUCAAAUAUCUAUCCUUUCUUGGCUGCAACUGGUGUCCCUGAUGGUCUUUAUCUUAAUUCAACAGAUUUAGAUCAUCUUAAGGAAUCCAUCUUAAAUUAUCAACCUUAUCCUAAUUUUUCACCGGAAAUUGCUGUUAUCACAGAUGGUUCUCGUAUUCUAGGGCUUGGGGACUUGGGUAGUAAUGGUAUGGGGAUUAGUAUUGGGAAAUUGCAACUGUAUGUCGCGGGUGCCGGUAUUGAUCCUCGUCGUACUUUACCUAUCGUUCUAGAUAUGGGUACGAAUAAUGAAAACUUACGUCAGCAUGAUUUUUAUCUUGGUCUUCGCAAGACUCGUCCAAAUGAUAAAGAGUUUUAUAAAAUUGUAGAUACAGUUUUGAAUACAAUUCAUGAAAUUUACCCAAAUUUAUUAAUUCAAUUUGAAGAUUGGUCCAGCGAGCAUGCUUUUGGUCUUUUAGAAAGAUAUAAAGAUAAACUGAUUUGUUUUAAUGAUGAUAUUCAAGGUACGGGUGCUGUUAUUUUGUCUGGUCUAAUAAAUGCAAUUCGAAAAGUAAUCAAUGAUAUUCAACCCGAAGAACAUCGUAUCGUCUUUUAUGGUGCUGGUUCAGCUGCUAUUGGUGUUGCUCGACAAAUUCAAGUUUAUUUUCAGACUGAAUUUAAUAUGUCUGAGGAACAAGCUAAACAUAUUUUCUGGAUUGUCGAUUCGAAGGGUCUAAUUACACUAGACAGAGGUGAUAAACUUGCGCAACAUAAAAUAUAUUACGCACGAGAUGAUAAUCAAGGCCAACAAUAUAAAGAAUUACUUGACAUUAUUAAUUAUGUAAAACCUACAGUGCUAAUUGGUCUUUCUUCUAUUCCUGGUGCUUUCAACAAAAAUGUACUUGAACGUCUUGCUUCGCUAAACAAAAAUCCUAUCGUAUUCCCUUUAUCUAAUCCUGCAACACAAGCAGAAUGCACCUUUGCGGAUGCUAUGGAAAACACAGACCAUCGUGUUAUCUUUGCUUCAGGUACAGCCUUUCCUAGUUACACAAAUGUCAAGACGGGACACGUCUCUAUCCCUGGCCAAGGUAAUAACAUGUAUAUUUUCCCAGGUUUGGGUCUCGGUGCUAUCCUUGCUCAAGUAAAAUCAAUCUCGGACGCUAUGAUUUAUAAUGCAUCUAAAGCUCUAGCUGAUUCAUUAACCGUGGAUGAAGUUGAACAAAAUUGGUUAUAUCCUUCAUUGACUCGCAUUCGUGAUGUGUCGGCUAAAGUUGCUGUUGCCGUGAUUGAACAAGCAUUAAGAAGUGGGUUAUGUAGUGAUGUGAAUAAAGAAGAAUUCCUAAAGUCCUUGAAUCACAAUGGAUUGGUUCAAUAUGUUUAUUCAAAUAUGUGGACACCUACACAAGAUGAAUACGGCUCAGAUAAUAAUAGUCGAAUUUAA